AUGAAUGCAACCAAUCUAAUGAUAGAAAACCCCUUUCAAAUAUUGGAAGAGCUGAUUAAAAGUAAAAAUCUUGCCAAUCCAAUCGAUGUUCAUUUACAAAUGUCCAAAUGCUACGAAGAACAUUUCGGAUCUGACGAAAUGUUUAAAAUUAUUCCUUCUUUAAAUCCAAUGUCAACCCCAAAUACUCUGGUCAAAUAUAGAGGCAUCAUACAAGAUGUACAUAAUACUGAAUUAGUAACAGCAAAUUAUUUGUAUAGAGAAGCAGGGUAUGAUGACAAUAAUUUUUUCAACGACAAUGUGAUGAUUGAAAGAGAAUUAUUCUAUUGCAUUCCGAUACCAGGGGAGGCAAAGUGGUCACGAACUUCAUUCUACCCUAAUAACACCAACAAAAACGAAGAAGUGAACAAAUCAACACUCAAAAAAUCAACAGUACAAAACACAAAAAGGAAAAGAAAUGAUGAAGAUUCAGAAGGUGAAUCAGAUGACAUGUCAGAUGAGCUGGAAUUGGAAACAAAGAAAAAAAGACAACUUCAUGAAAAUAUUUCUACUUCUGAUAAGAGAUCUGUUGUUUCUGAUAGAGAUGAGAUGUUGGACUUCCCCAUCAAAGGAGAAGAUGGUCUCGCUUGUCUUAUUAAACUAUAUGGAGAAGACUUUGGAUUCAAAAAUACUGAACUUGUAGAUUUUGUAGGAAUUUUAACAUUUGAGUCACCUAACAAAAUGUGUACAGAUGAAGAGGAGGAAUUUUGCAAUUUUAGACCCGAAGCAACUCUUGUCCCACGAUUACAUGUCUUGUUCUUUAAAAAAUACAAAUCUGUGUUUGAUGUUGUAACAAUUACUAAUUCGGAGUAUUCAUGGGAUAUUGUCAGAAAUCAGUUAUUGGAAUAUUUAACUUUAGCUUUUGGAGGUGAUUGUCUGGUUGCAGAACUUUUAUUGUACAAUCUUAUUAGCAGAGUGUAA